UUCAGAGGUACUAUUGUACCCUGGUGAUGUGGACCGUUUGAAAAUGUCGGAGUCUGGAAGUGACUGGGAGUUUGACAUGAUGGUUACUGAGGGUGACGAAGGUGUGUCCCUCACAUAAUUGUGGUUCCUGUCAUGGCCAACCCUUUGUCAACACCGACAGCGGUGUUGGACACAACAACGGCCGCCUUCCUCACCAAUUCAACUUGUCCAUAUCCCCUCUUCCAAGUCAGGCUUUUGCUGAUUUAGAUUUGACAGAUGGCGAAGAUGCGGACGUAGAGAUCAUACUGAUGGAUAAUUUACGAACUACGAUGCGAAUGGAACAGAGGUGCGGCGGAGGAAUUGUACGUGGUGAGCCGGUGAGGACGACUCACUACCCUGACCACCAGGUGCCCUCGCAUCACACAAGCGCCGAAUCCUCGCGCAGGAACAACUCUACACAUUCCACCCUUGAAAUCGAUAUCCCCUCCUCCACACCUCUGACAUCGCCUCUGAUUGAGAUGCCAGCCAUGCACACGGGGCUGUUCCCAGCCGACCAGCGCCUGCAGCAGCAGAUUGCGUCGCUGAAGCACCAGCAGCAGAUGCAGCAACAGAUGCUGUUAGAGCAGUUUCAUGAACAGCAGCGGCAGUUGGCGCAACAGCAUGAAAAACAGCUCCAAGAGCACAUCAAAGUUCACAUGGAGUAUAUAGAGCAUCAGAAAAAACUGGAGCAGCAACAGAGGAUUGAGCGCGAGAUGCUGGAAAAGGAGCGGCUCACACAGCUCAAGAACAAGGCGGAAGAUGAACAAAGUGCUGUGGCCUCAUCGGAGGUUAAACGACGCCUGCAGGAGUUUGUCCUGACGAAAAACCAACGAGAACAAGCAACCAGUAUCACCAACUCUCCACAGUUCUCACAUUGGGUGGGUCAGAGCUCUGUGGACGGCAGCCCAUCUCCCCAGAGUGGCCUGUCUCCGCCGUACGGCGCUCUCCUCGGGAAAUAUGAUGAUGACUUCCCGCUGAGGAAAACAGCGUCUGAGCCUAAUAUUUUAAAGGUGCGCUCUGCGCUGAAACAGAAAGUUAUGGAGCGCCGAAUCACACAGAGCCCUAUGUUGCGACGGAGAGGCGGACCAUUGACAUCUAAACGUAAAACUCUGUCAAUUGACUCACAAGUGUGUCACAGUAACCCGGACUCGGGGCCUAACUCUCCACCUAAUGGGGCACACGGCACCCUGCCGAACGGAAGCUCUGCAUCAUUACACUCAAAAGAAUUGUUCAAGGCUGGGUUGGGGUACCCCUGCCCAGAGCUGAGUCUCUACACCUCCCCCUCCAUGCCCAAUAUCUCCUUGGGCAGACCACCUACUUCUGGCUCCUCUGUCAGUUCAAGUACGUCAAGUUCGGCUGCGUCAGAUGCAGAGGUGCGGGCGCUAAAUGCAGCGCGUCUUGGAUUGCCCCUUACUGCUCACAUGCUCCCUGCCACAUUACCAUACUACCCUGCUGUACAAGUUCUGAAUGGCGAGUACAACCCUCAGACGAGUCCAGCGUUUGUCUCAGCGCAGAUGAAGGCGCUGGAGGAAGCCCGUCAUGCGGGAAAGCUGCCGAGCUCUGCAGUGGUCGGCCCCUAUUCCAUUCCAGUCACAGGUAUCACAGACUCCCAGGCUGCCCAUGCCCGACUACACAGACAUCGCCCCCUGGGGCGUACCCAGUCAGCACCCUUACCUCUGGGGCACCCGCUGUUACAGUCACCGGGUUUACUCAUACAACAACAACAACAGCAGCAGCAGCAACAGAAACAGCAGCAAGAGCAGAUGAUAAAAGAAAAUCAGAAAAUGUAUCUAAAACAGCAAAUCCGACACACAGUGUUACAGAGAGCGACAAGUAAAACUCACAUGGAGAAUGUGGAUGAAGAAACGGAGGCCAAAUUAGCACAGGAAAUGAAAGAAACGCGGGAACAAGAAUCAAGUGAGGUGGUGAGCGGGAAGGAAGACAAGAUGGACGACGAUCAGUCGAGUGACCUGGAGAAGCAGCAACACGAGAGGGAAGCAUUCCUAGUACAACAGCGAGAAAUACUGAAAAUACGACAGAAAGGAACACAUCACCACCGACCGUUGUCCCGCACACAGUCCAGCCCAUUGGUUAUGUUCUCUAUCCCACCACAGCAGACGCAAGAGAGCAGUCCGGUCAGAUACACCUUCACAACAGGGCUGGCGUAUGAUUCAAUCAUGCAGAAACAUCAGUGCACAUGUCUGAACAACACAAGUCAUCCAGAACACGCUGGACGUUUACAGAGCAUCUGGGCUCGACUUCAAGAAACAGAACUGGUCAACAGGUGUGAGCGAGUGAAAUCUCGGAAAGCUACUUUAGAAGAGUUACAGUCAUGUCACGGGGAGGCUUACUCGCUACUUUAUGGGACAAAUCCACUCCAUAGACAGAAACUCGACUCAAAACUUUUAGAAGGCUUACCGAUGAGGUUCUGCCUACUGCCGUGUGGUGGUGUCGGGGUGGAUUCGGACACGGUCUGGAAUGAUUUCCACACUUCAAAUGCUGCCCGGAUGGCUGCGGGCUGUGUAAUUGAACUGUCGAUGAGGGUAGCCAUGGGAGAGCUGAAGAAUGGCAUGGCGUUAGUACGACCCCCAGGCCACCACGCUGAGGCCCAACAAGCUAUGGGUUUUUGUUAUUUUAAUUCCAUUGCGAUAGCUGCUAAACAGCUGCGACUUCAACUUAAACUGCAGAAAGUACUUAUUGUAGACUGGGAUGUCCAUCACGGCAAUGCGACGCAACAAAUGUUUUACGACGACCCCAAUGUACUUUACAUCUCAAUACAUCGCCAUGACAACGGAAACUUUUUCCCUGGGACGGGUGCGCCGGAGGAGUGUGGAGCAGGAGAUGGCGUGGGCUUCAAUGUCAACAUUGCUUUUGGGGGCAAUCUCAGCCCUCCCAUGGGAGACGGCGAUUACCUGGCUGCUUUCAGGACGGUGGUGAUGCCGAUAGCCCGAGAAUUCAACCCUGACAUUGUUUUAGUGUCGGCAGGAUUUGACGCUGCCUGUGGCCAUGAGGCACCACUAGGGGGCUACCUUAUCUCCCCUGCGUGCUUUGGUCACAUGACCUGCGAGCUAAUGUCGUUGGCGGGAGGCAAGGUAGUCCUGGCACUAGAGGGCGGGUAUGACCUCCGGUCAAUCUGCGAUGCGUCAGAGUACUGCAUCAUGGCACUCUUAGGGGAAGAUUUGCCUCCCCUGAAGCAGGAAGAGUUAUGUAGAAGACCGUGUGAACCAGCACGGGAGACUCUUGACGAAGUCAUGAAAAUACAAGCUCCCCAUUGGCCUUGCCUUAAGAGAUACGCGGGCACGAUCCAGUACUCUCUAAUGGAAGCUCAGAAGAGAGAGGUCGAAGAGGCUGACACUGUGACGGCAUUGGCCUCACUGUCAAUGGUUACAGGCAAAGGGAGCAUGUCACCCGAAUCUGAACCAAUGGAAGAAGAAGCGUAAACGAGAAACCUUGGACGCGUUAGUUGUUAGCCCAUGCGUUACCAUGGAGAACUUGUGUUGUCAUGACGCCCCCACCCUAGGCACUUUGUUGUAUCGUGGACUCUCUAAACCCGGUGUAACGCUUCGUCCCUCAGAGACCACCAUCCACUCACUUGUCACGGGAAGCACGGCCAUGGCUCUGAUUGGACGAAAAGAACGUGAAGGAGUGAUUGAGAGUUACGUUAUUCGUGAUGAGAGAGCAGAAUUGUGAUGGAUUUUUAUGGAUUUUGUCAAAACGACAAGGCAACACAGAUGGCCUUGAGCUGUCAUAAUCAGAUGGUCGCCAGUUGUGAUGAUUGACCUUUUCUUUGGAUUUAGGAUGGAUGUGGCAGUACAGACAUGACGGAAGUUCUGUUCAGGUAGUACGUGACACGUGGAAUCAUUGUUAGCAUCGGAAAUUUAGUGCUGUGCACACGCGUGUUUAUCAUGAGGUCUUGGUACAGAAUCAGCAUUGUGAGAGCAAGUGCUUUAGCCUUGCUGUGCGAGGUCCACAAGAAGAUAUGUCACCCCUCAUGGAUUUUUUGCGCGUUUCAACCUUCUACCUGGCAACCAGAGACAUGCCGAACGGCUGUGCGGUGCCUAGGAUAUCUGCGCACACAACCAUCAACUUUGUGAAUGGUGAAAUAUGUGCAGGAGACCACUCGUCAACAUCUACUGUCAUUUUUGCAAUGCCAGAUAACCAGUCCGCAUUUUGACUCUGUUAGGA